AUGAUUAUGGAUGCAAGUCGCAAUCUUACUCCAGAUCUGAUCUCCCGCGAUGAAGCGAUGGAUUCCACGCGGACAAUUUCUGAAUUGAAAUCUGCAUUCAUCUGGAGCCAGGUUCGCAUUCUUUCUGAGAAUCUCCAGCCACCAGAAGAUUGGAGAAACUAUGCAGUUGAGACUGAGGAGGAUGUUCUACCGGAUAGGGUGAUUGAAGAUGUAUUGCAUAAAGUGAACGCUGCAGCAAAACAACACAAUCGCGUCGUUUACUCCUCCCAAGCGAUCCAUCAUGUCGCGCACCAGAUUGCCAGUCUCUACUGGGCCUCUGUUAGCCAGGACAUAGAAAAUCAAGCUGUGCUCAGAAAAGGUGUGGACAAGACAGUUGAUCUUUCUAAACACAUGAAUAUCCUCGGCCUGCCAUUGGAUCUGGAAUCACAAGGUGCCAAUGAGGAACAAAAUGAGAGAUACCAGCGCAUGCGGAAGCGACUAGUCAGUCUAGAUCAGCAGCGCCAACAGAGACAGCGUCGAAUCGAUCAACUGCAGCAUCUACGCUGCUUGCUGGAACCAUUUCAGGAGCCUCAGGUGGACAUCCAACCGAACCUGGUCACUCGCGAUGGAGAAUUGUCCCAGGAAUUAGAGAGGAUGCGUAUGCUCAUGGCGCGAGUGAGCGGCAGGAUUUCCCAACAAAAACCCAAGCACAUUCAAGAAGGUAGCGAGGAAUAUCUUCUCCCGGGGUCAGAUCAACGGCUAGAAGCUUUAAUGGACACGGAGGCAUGA